UGGUUUGAAGAAAAAAAUGUUCAAAGUUGUUGUUCGAGUAAUUAUAUUGCAAUACGCGUUUGCUUUUCCGCCAACACGGAAUGAUUUAAAAUUGAGUCGAAGCAUUGCCAAUCCACUAAUUGUUGGUGGGGAAGAGGCAAUACCAAACGAAUUUCCGUUUAUGGUAUCUAUGCAAUCACGAGCAAUAGGCGGUUCUUACAGCCACCGUUGUGGUGGGGCAGUUAUUAAUGACCGAUGGAUCGUUAGUGCAUCCCAUUGCACAGAGAAUGCCUUAGUCAGCGCAACUAGAAUAGUUGCCGGUGAGCAUAGCUUCACAACAACCAGCGGCUACGAACAAUUUUCCGAUGUCGAGUUGUUCAUUAUGCACCCGGAUUACGAUACCGUUACGCUGGAAAAUGAUAUCGUCUUAAUCAAGCUGCUAUCUCCACUUGAUUUUACUUCGGGCAAAAUUGGUCCUAUUUCUCUACCUGCUACGGGACAAGAGACCGCAGCUGGAACGAAUGUCACAGUCACAGGAUGGGGAAAUCUCGAAUUCAACAACCCCGAUCGACCAGACGUACUGAAUAAAGUCAGCAUCCCUACAGUGACAGACAUGGAGUGCCGGCGUUCUUACGGUCCGGUUGAUAUGUUUGAUUCUUUCAUAUGUGCUGGCGUCCCAGAAGGUGGAUUGGAUUCGUGCAACGGAGAUUCUGGCGGACCCCUUUUUACCAGUCAGCCUGAGCAGCUAAUCGGAAUCGUAUCAUGGGGGAAAGAUUGCGCUUUGCCUGGUUACUAUGGUGUCUACACAGAAGUAUCUUACUUCUCCGACUGGAUCGCCACCACCGUUGCUAACAAUUAAACUUUUACAAGCAUAACUGAACUUUUGUAGUCCUUUCACGCACUUUCAUUAAAGGGAAUAAACAGUUGUAGGGCAUAUUAGAAUCCUUAAA